UGAAAGAAGAGAGGAAAUUCCCCUGGAACCUGUUUCUCUGCUUCCUGGCUCAGCUGGGGCACCCAUUGGAGGGAGAGGCCGGGCCAAAGACCCAGGCCACCAUGGCCUUGGCCCUGACCCCACCCCGGGUCCCCAAGUCUAAGAGCAGCCUGCCCUCCCACUACCACGAGAGCUUCCUGGAGAAGAAGGGACCUCGAGACAGGGAUUACAGGAAGUUCUGGGCAGGCCUCCAGGGCCUGACUCUCUAUUUCUACAAUAGCAAUCGGGACUCCCAGCAUGUGGAGAAGCUAGACCUAGGAACGUUUGUGAAGCUCACAGAUGAAACUCCCUGGGGGAGCUCCCGUGACCCUCGCACCCACUUCUGUUUGGUCCUGCGGAACCAGGAGAUCAAGUUCAAGGUUGAGAGCCUGGAGUCUCGGGAGAUGUGGAAAGGCUUCAUCCUGACGGUGGUUGAGCUCCGUGUCCCGUCCAACCUGACCCUGCUGCCCGGACACCUGUACAUGAUGGCCGAGGUCCUGGCCAAAGAGGAGGCACGCCGUGCGGUCGAGAUGCCCUCGUGCUUCCUGAAAGUGAGCCGACUGGAGGCGCAGCUGCUCCUGGAGCGCUACCCCGACUGCGGGAACCUGCUGCUGCGGCCCAGCGGGGACGGCGCGGGCGGCGUGUCAGUCACCACGCUCCAGCCGCUCAACGGGACGCAGGUGGUCCGGCACUACAAGGUGAAGCGCGAGGGCCCCAAGUACGUGAUCGACGUGGAGGAGCCGUUCUCCUGCACCUCGCUCGACGCAGUGGUCAACUAUUUCGUGUCGCACACCAAUAAGGCGCUGGUGCCCUUCCUGCUGGACGAGGACUACGAGAAAGUGAUAGGCUACGCGGAGGCGGAUAAAGAGAAUGGGGAGAGUGUGUGGGUGGCGUCCUCGGCCCCCGGCCCAGGUCCUGCACCCCCCAAGGGCAGCCCUAAGGAGCUGCCUCCUGCAUCCAUCACGCCUGGGUCCAGUCAGGACAAGCUGCCCCCACUGCUGAACCAGGAUGAGAACUACGUGAUCCCCAUUGGAGAUGCCCCAGCCGCCAACUAUGUGAACGAGCCCGUGCUUCCCCCUAGUCGGCCAGUUGUCCCGAAGCCCAGGAAGUUAGCCAUGUUUCAGGCAAAGCCUCCGAAGCCGCCCACUGUGCCCAAGUCAGAGCCCAAAGGCCUCCACAGUGGCCUGGCCAGGAAGCCGGUAGUCAGCUCAGCGCAGGCUUUCUCCCCCGCCACAGGGUUGACGGAUCUCACAGCAGAGCUGGAGGAGAAACUGCAGAGGAGGCGGGCGCUGGAGCACGCAGCCGAGCGCAUGGGGGACCAGCGGGCCAACCUCCAAGCACAGCAUAUCACUCAGUCAUCUCCCUCCUCCCAGAAUUAAAGCUCACAUGACCCC